AUGUUUGCUAUGAACGCUGUCGUGAAUCUCUGGCGGGACAAGAUUGGAGUGAAUGAUGAUGGCUGGGUCAGCAAUGAGGGAUAUGCAGAUGCUGUCAAGACAACAAAGCGGCUCAAAGAUGAGCUUUUAGGGGAGAUGAUGGGAGGUAAGGGUGAUGAGGAGGAUAUCAAUUUGUUACAUAAGGGCUGGCCCUUCCAGGACCAUGAGGAAGUCGAUUAG